ACACAACCCAUCAUCACGAAUAGUUGAUGGUGAUGCCACCAUACAAUUCCGACAGGUUAAACCCAUGGUUAGCAAUACAUGUCACCAUAGUCGGAAUUUCAAGCGCCGCGAGAUGCAUUGGAAUAUUGGACUGCCCAUACUCAGCCAUGUUCCGUGGCUUCAGCCCCAUUAGGCUCGAGCGACUGCCCAGUCAUACCAGACCAGGCAGCCAUAUGCUAUUAACCCUUUGAGCUCCGCAGUAAUGGCAGCAGAUGCACUCUCAGCUUCAUUCGUUUCAAAGGCAUUGUUGGACGAAUAUCGCGCUUCUAUAUAGCAUCUCGAGAUGCUGACUACUACUUCAGCAGCUCCCGUCUGGAGCACCAAGCACCUCCUCACAUCUCCACCACCAGAUAUCACAAUCAAGGACAUUGAUUUCGAUGACACCAACCUCAGUGGUGCAAAAUACGGCGGUCUUGACGCCAAAAUUCUCGAUAACGUCCUCACUGCAGCCGAAUGUGCAGCACUGAUCGCAGUCGCUGAGACAGUCGGACAUUGGGAGCGUGCAAUGGUCAACAUAGGAAAUGGAAAACAGGCCCUGUACACGGACACUCGCAACUGCGGUCGCAUAAUCUGGGAUGACAAAGAGAUUGUUAACAGGUUAUGGCAGCGCGUGAAGCCGCAUAUCGAGCCUUGGACACGCCUUGAAGGUAGGGCAGAAGUUACAGGAAAUGGGCCUGCUAAGCGCAAGGAAGUGUGGCGUGCGACGAGAUUGAAUGAGCGUAUGCGGUUCUUGAAAUAUGUCGGCGGGGAGUUUUUCAGACCCCAUUGUGAUGGAACGUAUGAGACACCUGAUCGCAAGGAGCGGUCGUACUAUACGUUGCAUCUGUACCUGAACGAUGCUAUGAAUGCGGCCCCUGGGGAAAGGCCGCUGCAAGGGGGGGCUACGGUAUUCCACGACUACACAAUGAGAGAGCGUUACGAAGUCGUGCCAAAGGUUGGGCGAGUGUUGGUCUUCCAGCACCGGUCCCUCCUCCACUCAGGAGAUGACGUCGUGCAGGGGACGAAAUACACCUUGAGGACGGAUAUUAUGUACGAACUGGAUAGCAUGGAUGGUAAUAAGGUUGACAAGUAGGCGUGGAUUAGUCUUCAGUCAUAGCUCCAGUGGUUAGCAUCUGACAAACUUCUCUUACCACGCUUACACAUUCGCCAUCAUCAGUUGUACUGUUGUCGCACGUAGGAUAAUGUUCCACUCGUUCGUCCAUGCACAUCUCCCACCAACAGAGUCC